AUGGUACAUUCACUGCUUGCUUCAUUCAAUUUGAUCCCCGAUCCCUAUAAUAUGAGACCGGACUAUUGUUGCCUGGAAAACCUGAUUCCCGGAUAUAGAGACCAACUUGACUGUGGAUUCUUCGAACGCCAAUUCCAGCGUGACGAUACCGAUGGUGCUGAUAUUGCUGCUUUGCAAGCCCUACAGGUCUAUGGUCAUUGGAAGCGCGAGGGAAGCUUCUUCCAUAUAAGCCUCUCAAGUGGGAAGAUGUUUACUCCUCCAUCAAAUAUCCCGAAGGCACGUUCGAAACUUUCAUCUCCAUGGCAGAAAACAGACCAAUUCCGCAGCUUCGCCUACAACAACCAAUCACCGAAGGCUUCCAACAACCCUUCGGCGUACGGCGAAUUGCUUGACCCCUCUAGGAAGAACAAGCUCGUUCUCACCCAACCCAACGACGGUGCUGCGAUCACCUACCUAUACUCAGUGAUUAUCGGAAAAUAUGACCGGGAAUGGUUUGAGGGUCUUCAGAAACAAAACGUGAAGCGAGCCAGCGAACUAUGUGGCAGAGAAGAACACCUCGUGCGUUCUGUCCUUCACCACGACUUGAUCAAGGCGGACAACAUCGCUAACCACCCGGAAAGCCGAACUCGCAUCUUAUGGCCUCAGACUGCUGCCAUCUUUGUUACCACCCUUCGACCGGAGAGCUCUAAGUCCGAUGAAUAUCAGCAAUGGUCCCUUGAUAAAGGUAGCUACGUCUUUCGGAAGGAUUUGGAGGGUCAGACUGGGAGAGAUUGGAAGGAGUAUAAGAACCGUGAGCUUGCUGAGCAGUGGCGUCUUCAAUUUGAGAUUUCACUUGGUGUCGCUAAGGGUGCAAGCUCUGCUAACUCUUUCUAA